AGAAGAGUGGGAGGCCGGGCGAAACCAUUCAUCCGGCCAAUACUCCGACAGAAAAAUAUGUAAAGAUUUAUGAGCUCUAGUAGGAAUCUAGAUUCGGAUUUCAAAGAGGAUUAUGUGUGUGUAGCUAUAUUAGAUGGUAAGAUUACAAAUCUGGGUAAUUUCGGAUUGGAUUAGCCUCCUAAUCACACGGCCAUCGGCGCUGAAUCCCCCCACACCCAUGCGAAUAAGCAGCCAAACAGGCAAUUAGGAUGCGGCGAUGAUUUUGGUGACGCUGCAAUGGGUACCUGCGAAGAUACCGAAAUUCAAACAAUAACGAGGAUCCGACUUGACAAGUUGGUUUAGUCGUUUUUAUCGCUGCUUUUUUUUUAAACAUUAUUCGCCAUGAUUUUCCUGCGGAGGCUCGUGCAGCUGUUGGUGCUGCUGGUCCAGAGCGGAUGGUGGGGGGUCGCGCCGAGCCCCACCGACGAGGGAGCGCUCCGGGCCGGCCACGGGGAGCACGGAGAGCCGGGACACCAGGAGCCUCACAAGGACUCCUACAGCACCUUCGCCUCCGAGUUCCUGGAGUCCAGAUAUCUGUCCGAUGACGGUUAUCCAUUCCCCACUGCCCCACCAGUGGAUCCCUUUGCCAAGAUCAAAGUCAGCGACUGUGGAAUAACCAAAGGCUGCAUAAGAUAUGGGAAGCCAGGGUGUGAUGCAGAGACGUGUGACUACUUUCUGAGUUAUCGUCGCAUCGGGACAGAUGUGGAGUAUGAGAUGAGUGCAGACACAGACGGCUGGGUGGCCGUAGGUUUCUCCUCGGACAAGAAAAUGGGAGGAGACGAUGUCAUGGGCUGUGUCCAUGACGAUAACGGUCGUGUACGGAUUCAUCACUUCUACAAUGUUGGCCAGUGGGCCAAGGAGAUAAAGAGGAACCCGGCCAGAGACGAAGAAGGCGUUUUUGAGAGCAACCGGGUGACCUGCCGUUUCAAACGGCCGUUAUACGUCCCCAGAGAGGAAACACUUGUGGACUUACACCUGUCAUGGUAUUACCUGUUUGCAUGGGGACCUGCCAUACAAGGUUCCAUCACGAGGCAUGACAUCGACAGUCCGCCAGUCAGUGACCACAUGAUCAGUAUCUAUAAGUAUGAGGAUAUCUUCAUGCCUUCUACAGCCUACCAGACCUUCAACUCUCCCCUCUGCUUACUGCUCAUAGUAGCCCUCACCUUCUAUCUACUAAUGGGAACGCCUUAAUGAAGCACAGCAGGGCACAUAGUGGGAAAAGGAGGGAAGAGAAGAUGAAGCAGCAAUAAAAAAAAGUUGCCAUUUUGUCUGAUGCCACAUUCAAGUGUGUGCUUUUUACACAAAGAGACACUGUAUUAGAUAUAUUAAACACAACAUAGAGAAUAUAUACAUUACUCUGAACUCAUACAGAGGAUCUUGACAAAGUAUUAAACCUGUAUUGUAGAGGUGUCAUGUACUGCUGUCAGUACAAAACAAAAGGUCUGAGAAAAGAGUAGCUAUAGUAUAAAUAGGCCAAUUAUUUUCAGUAUUUAUGAUAGCUUCUAAGUAUUAAAACAAUAUGAGGACUGCACAUGCCAAUAAAUAAACCUCACAAGUCUUCGAAAUACUGCUUGCACUGGGAAAUCUGGGAAUGAUUUCAAAAACCCACUGUUCACUGGUGAUGAGGAGGCAGGGCCUCCUGUUGACCUUGGCUGAAACACAAAGGUUUUCUGAGGACAAAAGAAACCAAGCGGCUCACAGCUGUUUGCACACACUCUUCCUGUCCCUUUACCCUGUUAUGUUUAUACGGAUAUCAACCUUUGCAAAAACAAAAGAAAAAAGACGGUUUAUUUGGUGGUUCGUACUAUCACAAAAUAUAGUUUCCCAGGGACUGCCUAUAGUAUGCGUUUACCACGUAAAAGAUUUUCUUUUUCUUUUUCUAGUGUUUAUGCUUGGCACUCAUAAACACUUGGCUCAACUCACUUUUCCAUAAUUUCCUUUAAAGAGUCCCUCCUUUCUCAACCACAGUGGCUGUUGGGUUUGUUUAUCAGUACUGUGGCACUGUGACAGACAGAGAGAGACUGCAACAUUACUGUUACUGUUGCCUAUGCAAGCAAUAACACACUGAACAGGCAGGAACAACCUGUGGACUUGAAGAACCCCCCCCCCCCAUGCUGUUAUUGUAGCCUUAUGUUAAAACAUCUCCCAAUGAAACAAUAUGCCAUGUUUGUGUUUAUUAUCAAUAAACCUUUUAAGAAAUAAUACAAUAUACACAAGAAAAUACAGAUGUUGCUGUACAUGAACAGACAACUCAGUUUGUAUAAAGCCAGUGAUGAUUUUUUAAUAGAAUUAAAAGUAAUUAUAUUUAGGGCUGUAGCUACCAUUGAGGACACUGAAGUCAUGUCCCCUGUAUUUUGAGAAUGCACAGGUUUUAGCAGCCUGUUACUAUGUGUAACUUUAAAUUGAGAUGGAAAUCAGGUGUGGAAGUAGUCUUCCAGAGUAACGGUCAGUGACUAACCCAACUUGCAUUUUAAAAACUUUAAAACCAAAUUUUUGAAAAUGUAAAAAACAAUAAAUAGAAAUUUUGGUCUCACCUA